AUGAUCCGCACGUUAUCAACGAUGGACGCGUGGGCGCCGGCGCAGGGGCAGCGCGGGCUGAACGGCAACUGCCAGUUCCUCCUCACGUCCACGUGCGGCAUCUCAUCCACCAGACCUAAUCGCUGCGACGACGGCAAUCGCUGCACGGCGGACGUGUGCGCGUGGGGCGGAAACCGCUCCGCCGCUGCGUCCGCCUGCGCGCCCUGGCCCGCCUGCCACUUCGCGCCCGCCACCUGCACAAAUACGCCAAUUUCCAACUGUGCGAAGCCUCCGCCGCCCUCUCCGCCUCCGCCUAAGAGUACAAAACCGCCCAAGUCGCCCAAACCGCCCAAAACGCCGAAACCGCCUAAAAGCCCCCCCAAGUCAGGCUAUCCUUCGCCUCCGCCCAGCCCUCCGUCUCCACCCCCUUCCCCCCCUCCUCCAUCCCCCCCUCCUUCCCCGCCACCUCCGCCAUCCCCGCCCCCGUCUCCCCCGCCUCCGCCUUCCCCCCCUCCUUCGCCUCCCCCUCCGCCGUCCCCACCCUCGCCCCCAUCACCGCCUCCUCCCCCCCCGAUCCCUCCAAGCCUCUUCAACGUCCUUGCCUACGGGGCGAAGGGCAAUGGGGGGACGAACGACGCGGGCGCGAUAGUAGCAACGUUCAAGGCAGCGUGCGCGUACGCUGCUGCGAGCAGCACGCGCGCUACAGUGCUGCUGCCGGCAGGAUAUACGUUCCUGCUGUCGUCAGCUAUUAGGAUGGAGGGGCCGUGUGGGACCAGCGGCAGCGGCGCUGCUAUCACCAUCCAGAUCGACGGCACACUAGCAGCGAACCCCAUACCCGAGGCCAUCAGCUACAGUGUGGACGCAGUGAUCUACCUGAACCGCCUGGACGGGUUGCGCCUCGUGGGCUCGGGCACGGUUGACGGGCAGGCCGCCACGUGGUGGUCGCGCUUCCGGUCAGGGAAGAGCACGGACCGGCCGGACCUGCUGUACAUCCAGCGCUGCAACGGGAUGGAGAUGGCCGGGCUGACAAUUAAGAACCCCCCAAUGUUUCAUGUGAACAUAAGAGACCUGGUGGGGCUGUGGAUCCACCAUGUGACCACGGACAGCCCAUACAACAGCCCCAACACUGACUCCAUCUGCAUCGGCCGCGUGCGCUACGCUCUCAUCGAACACUGCUCCACCCAUGGCGGUGAUGACAACAUAUCCAUAAAGGACGGAGUGCACCAUGUGCUGAUCCGCCACGUGCUCGGCACAGCGGGCCACGGCAUCAGCAUCGGCAGCCUGGGCAUCGGCGGUGCGCUCAACUGCGUCUCCAACAUCACUGUUCAGAACAGUGUGCUCAUGUCCCUCUCUAAUGGGCUGCGCAUUAAGACGUAUCAGGGCGGGCAGGGCGCUGUCUGGAACAUUCGUUACGAGAACGUGACCAUCUCCGACUGCUCCAACUCCGUCAUAAUCACACAGUUUUACUGCGACAAGAACAACGUCGGGCCGGGCGGCUGCACGAUAAAGCCGGCAGCGCUCGGCAUCUUCAACGUCUCAUACACCAACGUCACGGGAUUCACAAACGGAACGACGGGGAUCAAUUUCAACUGCAGCGACAGUGUGCCGUGCCAGCAGCUCAGCCUGAAAGACAUCGCCAUUGCCUCCUCCAGAGGUCGCGUUCUCUUACCAAACUACCGCAGUGCGUACGGGACUGCCACGCGUGUGCUAUCCCCUCUACGGCCCGACAACAAGACUUUUGUGGAAGGCGGGAUAUCGGCAACUAAAGCAGACGCGUUCCUGGCUCAGAUCGCCAAGUGCGGCAAGUUGACGGUCUCAUCUCAUUGGUGCAUUCUUCAUCUCCCCCAUUUCCCCUGUGCAGAGUAA